AUGUUCUCCACACCGAAGAGCGCAGUGUUUAAGACAUUUAUUUCUUCUUCUCCCACUUUCAAUAGUAACAAUAAUGGUAAGGAUAAAAACUCUAACGAUGCUGUUACUACCAAUACUACUUCUAAUGAAACUAACGCUUUGACUACCGUCGAUGCCCAUGACCUGACCAACGGUAAAAUAAUGGCUUCCACCCAGUCAAAUAAAGGCCAGACCAAUAAUGUUACAAGACUACCCAGCAUUACUGAAUUAUUCUCGAGCAGUAUUAGUAACAGACACACUGUGGACCCACAGAUAUCUCCCUUAAGUCCAACAUCUGUUCGUUUUAGAACACCAAAUUACUCUUUGGAUAAUACAAAUCCACAACGAUACGUAACUUUUAAUACAUACAGCAGUGUUUGCGACGAUGAUGAUUAUCAGAAAAAUAACCAUAAUAAUUCGAAAUCUAGCAAUUUUUUACAUUUUAACAGAUCUCCACAGCCUACUAGUAAUAUUUCCACCCACUACAACCCCACUAAACCAACAAUAACAACAACUACUACUACUACUACUAGUAGUAGUAAUAACAGCAAUAACAGUAGCCCACAAAAAAGAAAUUCUUUGGACAAGUUAUGCACGGCUAUUCAAGCUGUUGAACAGGGCGAACCUUGUUCUAAAGAUAAUAUUACUAUUACUAAUACUAGGAACAACUCAGUAAAUUAUUCUCGAUCUUACUCUAUCGACAACCUUAUGGAUAUUAGUGAUAAAAGUUUUAUGGAAGAUAAAAGUGACUAUAGCAAAUGUAAAGAAACUUUGAGCAAUUUGAAUAAUUUUGUAGUACAAUUACAAAAUUAUAAUAAGAAAUGGGAUACUAUUUUGAGCAGUGAUAGCAAUAAUAACAACAGUGACAAUGACAAUUUUAAUAAAUAUUUGAACAUUCAAGAUAUUCACCAUGCUCUUGAACUAAAUGCAGCUUAUAGAGCCAAUUUACAGGUACUAAUGAACAUCAAAAAGAAAAACUUAAAAGUUUAUCCAGAUUCAGAUUUAAAUAUGGCUUCCUCUUUAACAUCAUCAUCAUUAUCAUCGUCAUCGUCAUCCUCCUCUUCUAACACUACUUCGGUCACUAAUUCUUUUAGUGCUACUCAGCAACUGCAACCACCACAACAGUUGAAUCUACCGCUAAACUUACAACCACUACCGUUACCACAAUUGUCCAACAAAGAUGAAAAACCUAUUUUGAAUGGUGCUGGAAGUUUUAUAUAUCCAUUGGCUAACCGGAACAGUAUUGCUAAUGUUGCUACCCUUACCGAAAAUAAAAAUAACAACAAUACUAACACCAAUAACGAUGGUAUUAGUGGCGGUGGUACUGCUAGAUCAACUUUUAUCAAUGCUCCCACCCACAGAAAAACUAUAUCUGAUCCCUCUAGUAUGAAUUAUCAUCACAACAACAUUAAUACUAAAAGAAGCUUAGUUAAUAAUCAUUACGGGACACAUAUGGUCACUCUUUCUAAUAUUUUAGCCAUCCCAGCUAAUUCAGAAGAGUUACCACAUUCUUUUGGUACUACAAAUACCACAGCAACCAGCAAUAACAUUAUACGGGGGAAAAAAAGAAGUCAUAUUAAAAGUAAGAGUAUGACGAUGCCCAAAUCUACCUAUAAUAGUAGUAUUCCAACCAAGAGAAAUAAUAGUAUUAUUCCCUCCUAUUCGAAUAUAGGCAUUAAAAAAACUAAGUCAGCAGAUGGGAAAAAAGCAAACGAUCCCAGUAAGACAAACAAUAGUAGUGAUAUGAAAUGUUUGCACUGUGGUCAAAAUGAUACACCAGAGUGGAGAAGAGGUCCAUAUGGUAAUAGAUCGUUGUGUAAUGCAUGUGGGUUAUUCUAUGGAAAAUUGAUUAGGAAAUUUGGCUUUAAUGAUUCCAAUUUAUUAAUGCAUUAUAGAAGAUCUAAAAAUGCUGAUGAUAGAAGGGUCCCUAAAGCUGUUGAGGUUCCAGAAAAAUUUAUUGCAGAGUAUAAUAGGAACUUGGAAUAA